AUCUCAAGGACUUCAGCGUUUCUGAAGUGUAGCACCACACUCGAGGAAGAUCGUAACGAGUACGCGAGUCAACGGAGGUUACAUGAAGGGGAUGGACAAAGAACACGAAAGGACUCGAACUUGUGUAGAGCGCAGCCCGCGUUUGUUGGUGCAAGGAGAACCCAUCAAUCACGACCUACCCACUCCCUAGCUUCACUCCUGUGCCAUCUCGUCGCCUUGCCUUGCCAGUCAGGGUUGAUAGCUCUGGUCAGUUUCGACUAGCUUGCUCGUCGCGGUGCUUUCUCCACGAGAUGAUAAACGUCUGCAGAGGGUUAUGUUAGAAAAUGUUGAAAGAGGCUAAUGUGAGAAUCGCCCUCUAGGGUUACGCGUGAUUUUGCGCGGAUGGAGCCUGGGCACGGGGAGAUCAGACCACGUAGCAGCUGAAUUAGAACCGUUUUUAGCAGCCAUUCUCAAUAAAAAAAACUCUUCCGCGUUCCUCGAGACCACUCCGAGAAGAAUAAUAAUAAUAAUAAAAAUCCGUGGUUUAAACUCUCAAAACUGGGCUAACACUCGCAACCUGCUCCUUCCGCCUAUAUUGCUAAGCGUCAUGGGGCGACGAUCAUGGCGUUUCGCGAUUCUCUACACUGUCCUUGUCCUGAUCUUCGAGGGGCCAGCGCAAUGCCGGGCGGAUCCAAUCGAUCCGAGCAGCCGUUCCGUUGGAGGGGAGUCCGGCUUCGAGCACAUCAUGUCACUAUAUCGAGUGUGGGAGUCGAUCUACGGUUUGCACGCUGACAGCCUCCUCCCCCCCGCCAACGUCUCCCUUCCGCCCAACGUGCCCCCUGCGCCCCACCUGGAGGAGUGUGUGGCGCGCACGGCCUUCCGCCAGGCCGCGGAGCAGCGCGGGGCGAAUGGGGAGUCGCCGGAGUGGGCUCGCCCGCCUCACUGCUGCGGAUGCAACCCGCAACCUCCGUGGGUCCGGGGUGCAGACGACGAGAACUUAGCAAUGACGCGCGUGGCGCAGAGGGACAUCUGGGAGAACCAGUUUCCCGCGGAGCACAACUGCGCUGGGAGGAGGCUGCUGGCCGUGCACUGGGCGCCGCAGAACCGCCACGGCGUGGGGUCGCAGGUGCAUGUGAUGGGCGCGUUUCUGAGCGUCGCCAUGCAGCACAACCGCACACUCGUGGUCGUGCCGGGGACGUAUGGACGCGCGGAAGAGCCUGGGUGUAAAGCCGCGGGGCAGUACGGCGAGUGGGAGUGCUUCUUCUUCCCGUUCGCAGCGGAGAGCUGCCAGCAGGUGGUGCGGGAGGCUAAGGCGAACAACACGCUGAUAUGCUCCAAUAAGAGUGCGCGGGAGGAGGCAGAGUCAGCGGACACAGUGGCGUGCAUUGGAUACAUGCCGUACAGGGAAAUCGAGAUGCAGGCUGAUAUUGCAUGGCGGUGGGGCGCGCCGCACUUGGGCCAGCCGGAUGCUGUUUGGCAUGCACCGGGCACAGAGUCACACAAGGGACAUAUGAUGCAGGUGCACUGGUGGCGGGCGCAGGCAGUGCGCUUCAUGCUACGCUGGCCCUCCGCCUACCUCUGCCACGUCACCAACCGCGUGCGCCACACCUCCUAUGGCCACCGCGUCGCCGCCCGCCUUGCCCGGUUCGACAGCACGCGCGCAGAAAUCCUACGGGAGAUGGCGGGAGACACAGCAGGAGAGGCAGCUCGCAGCAACAUCAAGAUGUCAUCACAGGCUGCUGCUGCCGCUGCCCUGCCGUUCACACAGGGAUCGUUCAAGCAGGCCCAUGGGCUGUUUCCCUGGGCGCAUGGGGCGUGCAGCAGGGAGGAGUGUGGCAAGGAGGGGCCGAAGAGGGUGGGGUAUUUGAAAGAGCUGUUCGAGGGGGUGGGAGCGGAGCCGUAUGUGAUUCGGCCGAUUGUGAGUCUGCAUGUGCGGCAGAGCGACAAGGUGGAGGAGAUGCAGCUGAUGCCGCUCAGCUCGUACAUCUUCUACCUCAACCAACUCAGGCUCAUUGCACCGGACCUCACGCUCGUGUGGCUCAACACCGAGUCACAGGUUGUGAUUGAUAGCAUUGCCAAAUACAAGGACUGGAUAUUUGUCUACUCCAAGAACUCUCGACAAGUCGCAUCGAACAACGAUACGCGCAAUUACGAUAACACGCAAUCCGUGGCUAUAAGCUUUGCGAGUGUACUUAUAUCUGCUCAAAGCGACUACUUCAUCGGGACUCUUGGGUCCAAUUGGAGUAGAUUGAUGAAUGAGCUUCGCUCUACUAGCGGACGCCUCUUUUACCCGUUUAUUGCCAUGAAUGAUGGAGACUGGUGAGGUAUUUUUAACUGCUGUAAGGAGCAUACAGUGGCUUGUUUCCUGAUUGUUGCACGAGUAGAAGGGGCCUAGGAAUGGUGGUAGCACGCAGGAAUUCCUUCCCAAUAAAGAUCAGUUGUCAGCAGGGUGUCCUAUGUGUAGGUCCGAAUAUGGUUGAGUAAGGUGAAUUGCAUUUCGGA